AUGUACAAGGUUGAGAAAGAAAAAUGUAGCCAAAUUUUGGAGAAAAAUAGAAGUAGAAUAGCUAUAACCACUGAUAUGUGGACUGCCAAUCAUCAAAAGAAGGGAUAUAUGACUAUGACAACUCAUUUCAUAGAUUACUCUUGGAAAUUUCAUAGUCGGAUUACAAGUUUUAAGUAUGUACCAUGCCCACAUGAUGUUGUAACACUUACUGAUACACCGAGUUCGUGUCUGUCUGAAUCGAAUAUUGAAGACAAGAUUAGUAUAGUGGCUGUGGAUAAUUGUACUGCUAACGAUGCAAUGAUUCAACUUUUGAAGGAAAAAUUUAAUUCUAGUUAUUUCAUUUUAAAAGGAAAGCUACUUCACAUGUGUUGGUGUGCACAUAUUUUGAAUCUUAUUGCCAAGAAUGGUUUGUCUAUUAUUGGUGAUAACAUUGACAAAAUUCGAGAAAGUGUUGCUAAUAGGUUGGGCACACCAAAGAGGUAUGAUAAAUUUGAGGACACUACUCGUUCUCUUGAAGUGACAUGUACUAAAAAGUUGUUACUUGAUUAUCAAACAAGAUAUGCGCCAUCAGAAGAUGAUUGGAUUAGACCUCAAAAAUUGUGUGACAAGCUGGAAGUGUUUCAUGAGAGUUACCGAAAAUCUCGGUUAACACCUACCAUUUAUGGAAAUGAUCAAUAUGAGAUUGAAAUUGAGAAGGUUUGCAAGCUUUUUUAUGAGCUACUGGAAGAGUACAGUUCUAAGUUUCCUAAUCUCAGAGAAAGAUGUCAACAAAUGGAUGGUGUAUCAGCAUCUUCUCCAACACAAAUGGAUGAUCUAUCUAACUGUUACACAUAUGUUAGAGUUGCAUAUGGUGUAGAGAAUGUGACGUUAGAUUUAGAACACUAUUUGGAAGAGAAAUUGAUAACUAGGACUGGUGAGUUAUUUGAUAUAUGUAAUUAUUGGAAAGUAACAAGACACAAAUAUCCUAUGUUGAAUAUGAUUGCCAAAGAUAUAGUUGUUGUGCCGAUUAGCACUGUUUCUUCAUAA